AUGGAGCAUAUACGACGACUAAACCAAAAGGUUGGCUUUGGGGCAUGUGGCACCGUGUACUUGGGUCUCGACGAGCAAACCGGACGGCUUGUUGCCAUUAAGGAAAUCCCCUACUAUGACAUCCCCGCCAUGGUGGGCCAUGACAACGUUAAGGAACUAGACAAGGAGCAACGGGCGGCCCACGAUGCCGCAGCUUCUCAUAUCUUAAGCGAAAUACGCGUCAUGCAAUGCUGUCGGCACCCCUGCCUAGUCUCCUAUUACGGCGUGCGACGUAGCAAAGUCGGUGUGCAGCUGUUGAUGGAAUACGUUGGUGGGGGCUCUUUGGAGCGGCUUCUGUCACUUCGUAAGAAACUACCGGAGGGUGUCGUUCGGCUUUACACACGGGAUGUUCUGGAGGGCUUGGCUUACCUGCACAUGGUCGCUCACGUCUGUCAUCGUGAUAUCAAGCCUGGGAAUAUACUGGUCACACCAGAAGGACGGUGCAAAUUAGUUGACUUUGGCGUAGCAAAACACUUCUUUGGCGAAUCAGAUUUGGAGGAACAUGAAUCUGUAAGACAGCGAUUUAUGAUGACGGUUGUGGGCACACCUUGGUAUAUGGCCCCUGAGGUCAUAAUGGGUGGACAAACAGACGAAGACGAUUUCGAGCACAUGUUCGGGCGGUACGAUCCCAUACGGGGUGUAUCUUACCGAGGUAGUAGUAAUGGGACGUCGUCUAGCGCGGGAUCAUCGUCAUCGCAAUCUCAACGAGUAGUCGGCUCAGCUGGUUACACUACUAGUUCCGAUAUAUGGAGUAUGGGGGUGACAGUGUAUGAGCUAAUUAGUGGAAAGAAGCCCUUUGGAGAUAAAAUGUGCAAUCCAACCGCAGCUCUUUUUGGUGUUUUACAAGCAGCAAAAUAUCCACCGCAGCUUCCUGAUAAUUGUACUGCCUCACUGCAGCUUAAGAACUUCCUGAAGCUGUGCUUUGUCUACGACAAAGAUCUAAGACCCUCUGCGCAAGAGUUGCUAUCCCAUCCGUGGAUCAUAUCGACAGGUAAUACUAACAUCGAAAACUGCCGCGUCGCUACUUUUCAAACCGAUGACUCCGCACCGAUGACUAAGAUGCUGGACAUUGUGGACUUACCCACCAUUCUGCGGCCGGUCAUGCCGAAGAAGGAUCUCUGGCAAUCACAAACUAGCACACCGCAUAAGAACCGUAGUAUGGAAUAG